AUGGCUAACCAUUCAAACGUUCAUGUGCCAUCGGUUCGAAAAACACAUUGCAAUGGCAGAAAACAUAAAGAAAAUGUGAGACUAUUCUACCAGAAGUGGCUUGAAGAACAGGUGCAAAAACUGGUGGACGAUACAACUGCUGCAUUCAAAGCUGGUAAGAUAGCUUCCAAUCCAUUCCAGUCGGGAGGGGGAGGUGCAGGAGGAGCCAUGGUCCCACCCCCAUCUGGUAACAAAACUUCCAAACCACAGAAUGCUCCAGCUGCCUCUGGACCUCCCAUGGCAAGUCCCAUGGGAGGCCCCAUGGGUGGUCCAGUUCCCCUAAUGGGCCCCCCUCAUGGAGGUCCUAUGCCUCCUAUGAUGCCAGGUAUGCGACCACCUAUGGGACCAAUGAUGGGGCCACCCAUGCAUCCUAUGGGAAUGGCUAUCCGACCCGGACCAUUAAUUCAAGGACCACUUCGCAAAUAGUCACCUGUCAUCAAACUCAUAAAGGGAGAAAGAAGUUUUAGUGAUAAUCAUUUGUUGAAGAAAUAGAAGGAAAUCUCUUUAUUCUAGUGUUUACCAACACUUUUGCCAACGACUUUCAGCGUGAAAUUUCAGUAGAAAUAUUAUAUUGUGAUAUUUAUCACUGCAUGUUUCAUUGACUGGGCACAAGCGAUUAGUUUAUUGCUUAAAUUAUUGACAAUCUAGAACCUAGAGACAUGAUCUGUAUUUCUACAAUAGAUGGUAUCUGUUCAUAGUUGAGAUGCAUAAGAGACAAUGAGAUGUGAAAAAGUGAGUGUGAAAAAGAGAUCGGAGGCGAGUAUAUUCAUUGAAAGAAAUGUGUUUUAUGAAAUUAUUCAUUGUAAGAAUGUUUUAUUGGUAUGUGAAAUAAAGUAUUUGUGAUUCAUA